AUGACCGAGUCGGUGCGGAUGUACGAAAUGCUGAUCGGUAACUUGUCGAUCUUGCAGCACGUGUUGACGCUUGUGGGUUGCUGCUGGGUCGCCAAGGUGCUCGGAAGGGUUAUCUGGGACCUUGUUGUCGCGUUCCGGAACUUCGUGUGGGCCCGUUGGCGGCCGAGUGAUGACUUGUCGAGGAAGUACGGAAAGUGGGCUGUCGUGACUGGAUCCACGGAUGGCGUCGGUAAAGCCUAUGCCUUCGAGUUGGCCAAACGGGGGAUGAAUAUCGUGUUGAUCAGUCGCAGCGAAGAGAAACUGCGGGUUGUUGCCAAAGAGAUUGAAGCUACUACCGGGGUAGAUACCCUCAUUAUUGCGGUUGAUUUCGGAGCUGGAACCGAAAUAUAUCCCAAGAUUCGAGCGGAAAUCGGGAAUCGUGAGGUCGGUGUCCUCGUGAACAACGUUGGUUUUAUGAACAGUUACCCAAAGUACUUCACGGAAGUCCCGGCGGAAGUCUUGAUGCAGUUCAUCAAUGUGAACAUGACCGCUGCUACAAUGAUGUCGCAUAUGUUAUUGCCCGAAAUGGCGGCGCGGCGUCGUGGAGCCAUCAUCAAUUUAUCGUCAGCCUCGGCAAUCGGUCCUCUGGCGCUAAUGGCUGUUUAUUCUGCCUCUAAGGCUUACGUGGAUUAUUUGUCUCAGGCACUUCACGAGGAAUACGCUCCGUAUGGAAUCGAUGUUCAGACUUUGGUGCCAUUUUACAUCCGAACGAACAUGACACGAUUUUCAUCGACGCUGAACAGCAUUGGACAACUGACCCCUGAUGCGAAAGCCUUUGCAAGAAGCGCGAUCGCCACUUUACCGUACGCCGGACGCACUUCCGGCUAUUGGUCGCACGGGUUUCAAUACUGGGUGGUUACCAUUGUAAACCAGUGGGGAUGGAAGAAGCUUGGUCAUCUCUUACAACGUUGGUUGCGUCUCGAUUUAGUGAAGAAAUACGGUGCGUGGGCCGUCGUAACCGGUGCUACGGACGGAAUCGGAAAAGGUUACGCGUAUGAAUUAGCUCGACGUGGAAUGAAAGUCAUGUUGAUCGCACGUAAUGAGGAAAAAUUGAAGCGUGUAGCGGAUGAAAUAAAACUGAGAACUGGGUCCGAAAUAUCGUACGUCGUUGCAGAUUUCUCAAAAGGUGCUUCAAUCUACGCUUCAAUAAAACAGGCGAUCCAGGACUUGGAAAUUGGAAUCCUGGUGAACAACGUCGGUGUGCUUUUCAUCGGGGAAUUCGAUGAGAUGACUGAACAAGAAUACAGAGGGAUGCUGGAGGUGAACAACAACGCAGCGGUGGAAAUGACUCAUUUGGUGCUGCCAGCUAUGAAGGCUCGCAGAAGCGGAGCAAUCGUGAACAUUUCCUCCGGUAUAAGCUUUUAUCCGACACCGAUGUUCAAUUUGUACGCCGCAACCAAAGUUUUUGACAGUUUCUUCUCUCGCGGUCUCGCUUACGAAUGUAAAUUUCAUGGCAUCACUGUGCAGUGCGUUACGCCAAACGCUGUGCGAACGAACAUGACUUUGAUUUUCUCGGAUUCCGAUUAUUCGGCGUUCAACGUUUUUUGGCCCAAUCCAGAGCAGUUCGCGAAGAGUGCCGUUGCGACGAUUCCGUACGCGACCCAUACUCAUGGGUAUUGGGCUCAUGCGUUGCAGUCUACUGGGAUUUAUUUUAUUGCCGCAAAAUUCAUACGCUUUAUUUUUGAUCUGUAUGUUGGGCUCCGGAAUCACGUUUGGGCUCGACUAGUCCGGAUUGAAUAUGUGAGAAAAUUUGGGCGAUGGGCUGUGGUGACAGGAGCAACUGAUGGUAUUGGACGCUGUUAUGCUGAAGAGCUCGCUAGGCGUGGAAUGAACAUUGUUUUGAUUUCCCGAACGCUUGAGAAAUUGCAGAAAGUCGCUGCUGAAAUAGCAGAAAAAGCAGAAGUUGAGGUAAUGUACGUUGUGGCUGACUUUAGGAGGGUCGAUGAAUUCAUGCCUUACAUACGUGCAGCGAUUGAAAAGUUGGACGUGGGAAUUUUGGUAAACAACGUGGGAAUUCUCGACUCAGGAAGUUUUCUCAGCAUACCGGACGAGACUGUGCACAGCUUGCUAGAAGUUAACACACACGCAUGCAUCGACAUGACGCGGUUGGUACUCCCGGGGAUGGUAGAGCGUCGACGGGGAGCACUCGUCAAUUUGUCAUCAACCCUGUCGUACCUUCCGUGUCCGAACUUCUCUUUGUAUGCCGCGACGAAAGCAUUCGUAUCUCAUUUUUCGAAAGCCUUGGCGCAUGAAUGCAAACCUCACGGUAUCCGAGUGCAAGCCAUUCACCCCUGUUUCGUUGAUACCCAAUUUACGGAGAGAUUUCCGCGGAUGUUGAAGGGUUAUUGUGAACUAACAUGCCCGCGUCCGGAAACAUUUGUGAAAAGCGCAGUGGCUAUGAUACCAUUCGCUACGGAUUCGACUGGAUACUAUGGCCACGCCUUUUUGCGAUAUUGUCUAGGAAUUAACCGGGUUGUGACGAAUUUUCUGUGGCCAAGAAUUGGUUCAUUUAUAUAUGGAGAAUGGGCUGUUAUUACGGGGGCAACUGAUGGUUUAGGGAAAGAGUACGCGAAAGAAUUGGCGAAGCGUGGCCUCAAGAUUGUGCUCAUGUCCAGGAAUGAGCUGAAAUUGAAGGACGUUGCCGCUGAACUUGUGCAUGAGACCGGCACCACUGUGGAAUGUGUAGUCGCUGAUUUCACCGAAAUUCAGACCAUUCUUCCCCGCCUCCAAAACGAACUCGCCAAGUUCGAUGAUAUCGGCCUUCUGAUAAAUAACCACGUCUCGAACAUUCUUCGAGUGAACAUCGACACGGUCGUAGCCUUAACACACUUGAUUCUCCCGGGCAUGAAGAAGAGACGUCGAGGUGCAAUCGUGAACGUGGGUUCUUGUGCGGGAUCAUAUCCCUCGCCCACGCUUGCAUUGUAUUCUGCCACAAAAACAUUCGUCGAUUCGUUCGCUCAGGCGCUGACUGAAGAGUGCAUAGAGUCCCACGUAACAGUUCAAGCGCUAAAUCCCUUUUAUCUGAAUACUCCGAUGACUUCGGAAAUAUCCAAUUUCAUGCAAAAGUUCGGCAUAUUUUUUCCUGAUGCGAAGACGUUCGCGAGAAGUGCCGUCGCAACGAUUCCGUAUGCCAGCGAGACGACGGGAUAUUUUCCCCACCAGAUACAGAGGUUUUUCUUUACCGUUUUCGGUUCUUAUGUGUGGAAUAAAAGUCUCUUGCAGUGGUCGAAGGUUUUGCACGCAGAGGAAGUGAGGAAGUCGACGCCUAAUUUCGUGAAGAGGUAUGGAGAAUGGGCUGUUAUUACGGGGGCAACUGAUGGUUUAGGGAAAGAGUACGCGAAAGAAUUGGCGAAGCGUGGCCUCAAGAUUGUGCUCAUGUCCAGGAAUGAGCUGAAAUUGAAGGACGUUGCCGCUGAACUAGUGCGUGAAACUGGAACCACUGUGGAAUGUAUAGUCGCUGAUUUCACCAAAAUUCAGAGCAUUCUUCCCCGCCUCGAAAACGAACUUGCCAAGUUCGACGAUAUCGGCCUUCUGAUAAAUAACGUGGGCCUAUUGCAUGAGUACACAUUCUUCGAAACUUUGGAUUUCCAGCACGUCUCGAACAUUCUUCGAGUGAACAUCGACACGGUCGUAGCCUUGACACACUUGAUUCUCCCGGGCAUGAAGAAGAGACGUCGAGGUGCAAUCGUGAAUGUGGGUUCUUGCGCGGGAUCAUAUCCCUCGCCCAUGCUUGCAUUGUAUUCUGCCACAAAAACAUUCGUCGAUUCCUUCACUCAGGCGCUGACUGAAGAGUGCCUAGAGUCCCACGUGACAGUUCAAGCGCUAAAUCCCUUUUAUCUGAAUACUCCCAUGACUUCGGGAAUCUCCAAUUUCAUGCAAAAGUUCGGCAUAUUUUUUCCUGACGCGAAGACGUUCGCGAGAAGUGCCGUCGCAACGAUUCCGUAUGCCAGCGAGACGACGGGAUAUUUUCCACACCAGAUACAAAGGUUUUUCUUUACCGUCUGCGGUUCUUAUGUGUGGAAGAAAAGUCUCUUGCAGUGGUCGAAGGUGUUGCACGCAGAGGAAGUGAGUCGACGGUUAUCCAUUGCCAUGACGAACAUGAUGUUCAAGUUUCGAGCAAAAGCGUGA